UAGUUCUCUCCUGGGGGCCAAACUGGGAAGGAAAGGCUAAGCCACGGGGCUUCCUGCUUCUUGCUUGUGGGUUUCUGGGGUCCUACAAACCACUCCUCUACUCGAAUGUCCUGAAGCCCAGCGACUCGACGGAGAGGCCAAGGGUGCAAGACCACUAGCCAAAGAGGCUUCUAGUCCUCACCUCCCGGCAAUUCGCUGUGUGAAGGUGGGCGAGUCACGUCCCAUCUCUCGUGUCCCCAUCUUAGAGCCGGUCCUCAGCAGACCUUUAAGCUUCUUUCCUACUCUGCCAUAUGGCUCUGAGCUCCGGUGCAAAGGCGGCUGGGCGGUGGGUCUCGCGGACCUUGCCCAGCGUGGUCUGUCUGGGCCGCGCACCGCUGGCUCAGCCGCCUUUUCACUCUCGGGACUCUACAGUGGACAUUGCACCUGGGGAAGAAAUGGCCGCGCCGAGGUUGUUUAUUUUAAGGACUCUUCCUGGAAGAAGUCACCUGAGCGGACCUGAAUUACGUCUGAAGACGGAGGACAGAUUCCGGGCCCUGACCCUGGCCCUACUCUUCCCACCGAUCCAGGACUGGCUAUCAGUCUCUCUGAGGAUGCGACCUACUUGUCGCCACUUUCCACUUGGGUCCACGCCAGGACAGGUUUUACUUUCAUUUCUCCCGCGCGUGCCUCUGACUGCUGGAGAGGUCAAGGACAGCUAGGCGUCGGCCCACAGCCAGGGAAGGUCCCGUGGUCUGGACUCGUUCCUUCCAGUCUCCACCAGUCCUGGGGGGAUGGGGCGGGGCGGGGGUGUUUGUUCUCCAGAGAACUCUGCGACUGUACCUCCCUGCCCUUUAGAAAAGCCCGUGAUUCCGUAGGGGAAACUGAGCUGUCGCUCUGCCAGGAGGAUCGCGAAGCGAGUGCUCUUGGUUCAAACACCUCU